UCAUAUUCCGUUCCGUUAUAUUCCAGCUGAGGAGUGAUGAAUCUAUCAAUCAAGCAUUUAACAGUCGCAUAAAUCUCCGUUUCAAUAUCCCAGCGGUUCACACAUCUUCAUACUUCUCCUUCUUCUUCAGAUUUCGGGAAACCCUUUGGUCUCUGUUCAAGUCGCGCGUGGUUGCUGUUCAGAUGGGUAAUUCAUUCUUCUUCUUUCAUUUUCUUCGAAUGGUGGAGAACACUGGUUACUAAUUUCGCUUUGAUGGAUUUAGUCUUGGUGGGUUUCUCUUCUCCGUUUUGUUGUGGAUUUUGAUUAGGCUCUAGAUUGAUUGCCGGGAAAAUGGAGGAAGAUUCGUCGGGAGGCGGCUGCAGAAGCUGGGAAGAGGAAAUGUAUUGGAAGCAUUUCCAGUUCACCCAUUUCUCUCAGUUUCUCCUUCCUGGCUACGACCACCAGCUUGCCAUGCCGAAAGCAUUCUUUGGCAACCAGAGAAAGAAAUUGCCCGAACGUGUGACACUUAAAGGUCCCGGUGGCAAUACAUGGGAAGUUGGACUGGCUAUGAAUUCAGGAACUAUGUUCUUCGAUGAAGGUUGGAAAGAAUUUGUGAAGGACCACUCGCUCAAGGAGCAUGAUCUCUUGGUAUUCAAGUACAAUGGGGUUUCUCAUUUCGAGGUCAUGAUCUUCGAUGGGGAGUCCUUCUGCGAGAGGGCGAGUUCUUAUUUUGUUAAGAAGUGCGAACAAAGCAAAGCUCCUCCUGAAAAUGGUAGCCAUCCCAAGCGGAUGCUCGGAGGGAACUCUUCUGGUGUCAUUAAGGCAACUCCUGUUGCUCGGUUUAGGGGCACAUCGUUAGAGAAAACUGCUGAGAAUGACAUUGGCAGCACGGUGCCAUCAUCGAGAGCUGGUCGUGCGGUGGUAAAGAAUGAGGCUAAAACAACACCGGUUGCUAAGCCUGUCACUAGAACAGCUGAACACCCUAUUGUUUGGGAAGGUACCAAUGCAAAGUUCAAGAGGCAAAAGAAGAGCAGUGGGGACUCAAUUCAUGAUAGUGAGACUGAGAAAAGCGAAGGACUAUCUUGUUCUGGGGACAGGGAGAAAGAUAAAGAUGUUAAAACAACACCCCUUAGCUUUGAUGUGGUGCAUGAUGUGCCAUACAUAUCACUUAGAAAGCUGGUAACAGAAGCUGAGAAAAGGAAGGCCUUGGAAUCGGCACAAGAGGCUGUAACCGAAGAUGGGUUCUACGUUGUCAUGAAACCAACACAUUCCGUCCCAAAUGUAUGGACGAACAAACAUCUUCCCUUGUUGCUCAAGCACGGUGUGGUCCUGAAGGUGAAGGACAAGACGUGGACGACCAAGUUUACGUAUCAGCAGUCUCGUAAGAGCGGUGGGCUCUCAGCUGGAUGGAAGUCAUUUGCAGUCGAGAACAACUUGGAAGAGUUUGAUGUUUGCGUGUUCGAACCUGAUGGUCCAUUCUACGCAUCGAUUAGCCUAAACGUUAAGAUAGUUCGUGUGAUCCAAGAUGAGUAACUUUUUGGUGACUAUCUGAGGUGUGCUGCUGGAGUAUGCUGUAAGUUAUUAUGGUUAGAGUUGCUGCUUUCCCCUUGUACCAAGGAUGAUGUUAGGUGUGCUUCAUAAUGUAGAUUUUGAGGCAACAGGGCAAGCUUUGAGCGGGCUAUGCCAAGCUAAUCUAUGUUGGGGAUUUGGUGAACUAAAAUGACUAGUGGCUUUGGAGUCUUUGCUUUGGCUACUCUUUAGUGUUGGAGAUGUAGACUGAAACUCUAGAUUUUUUUUUGUUGGUAGAAUAGUAGAAAUGUUAAGGCAAUUGGAUAUUUCUAAUGAAGAUAAUUAGAAGACGAAUUGUUAUGUCAA